AUGGACCAGCAGAGUGAGAGCCCAAGUCUCCAGCAGCAAUGGAUCGACCAACGCAUCCAAGAAGCGGUCAAUGCGACUCUCAGCCCUCUACAGGACCAACUUUCCUCGCUGGUGGAGCAACUCGGGCGAGCGCAGCCGCAGAGCGCCGACUUGCAAUCGCCGCCAGUGGCACGAGGAUUGGGCGAACAGAUGCGAGACAAGCUGGACCUUGAUGCCCACUACUACAGCGGAAACCGCGAACUUUGGUACCUCAUCAACUCAUGUUUGGACGAGCGACCACAGCAAGUGGUCGCUACCUUUUACGCCGCGGGAGGCCCUGGGGGUAGCUACGAUCCCCAGGAGUUCAUGCGAUACCUCGACCGAACCUAUCAGGACAGCAACAUCCAAUCCCGCGCUGCUGCCACGCUGAGAACUAUGCGACAGCGCGAAGACCAACCUCUUGCGUCCUUCCUUCCCCGAUUCGAACAGGCAUUAGCUGAAGCCGGGGGAGCAGACUGGCCGGACAGUGCAAAGAUCGUAUUUCUAGAGAACGCAAUAAAUGCACGCCUCCAAGAGAGUUUGGUCACAGCCGUCCUGCCCGACGACUAUCAGGGAUGGCUUACCGAGCGCCGCUGCUAUCGCUGUGGUCGGAAGGAUCACCUUAUCGUGGACUGCCCAGCCCAGGUGGUCUUCCCCGGUGAAGCAAAGAAGGAUCGGACUGUGACCGCCCGCGUGAAGCAACCGGACGCUAGCAACGAUUCGGAUUCGGCCGCAACAUCCAGUGAAGAUGACGAGUCGAAGGGAAAGACUAGCCCCGGUGCGAAAGCGGGUGCCGGGGCCUUCAAGGCAGAUAUCCAAGACUGGAAGACAUUUAAGCCGCGUAUGAACAGUCGACCCGUGCUCAUUAACGCACGGCUCAACAGAGGAAAUCCUAUACGCGUUCUAGUCGAUAGUGGAUGUGACUGCUAUGCCGUGAUCGACGAAGCGGUCGUCCAGAAGUUUCGGAUCCCUCUCGUCGAUUCGAAGCCUCGAGAGAUCGGGGGCUUCUCGGAGUCCUCAGAGAGUGUCACGUCGCCGGGAGUUGUGGCUGUCGUUUUUGAGACCGCCGGUUUUGACGAACGCAUCUUUGCGUACGUCGUCCCAAGCCUCGGCCAGGAUAUGUUCCUUGGCCGGCCUUGGAUGGAGAGGAACCAGGUCGUGUACAACGCUGCUAAGCGGCAAGUGUACCACGGAAGAGCAGGCGUGACGGUACGCCUCGUAGGGCAGGAAGAGCCCGCCAAAAAGUGCAACGCGUUCUCGGUUCAAGCGAUCAGCUUGGCAGACAUAGAGAAGGCGCUUCAACCGAAGCCGCCAAUUGACACCAGUGAGAAGGCCCCGGCAGAUGUGCUGGAAAAGUUCCGCAAACUUUUUUCACCCGAAGAAGCCAUGAAGUUGCCGCCUCACCGGCCAGGUGUGGACCACGAAGUCAACUUGCAGCCUGGCAAGAACGGCAACGAGCCGCCCCUACCAUGGGGACCGCUCUACAACAUGUCACGCGAAGAGUUCUCGGCUGCCGCAGCGCCGGUGCUGUUCCGCGACCGAUAUCCACUACCACUCAUCGCUGAAACAUUGCAGAACCUGGCCAAAGCCAAAUGGUUCACCAAGUUGGAUGUCGUGGCCGCAUUUCACAAGAUUCGCAUGGCCCGGGGCAUGAGUCGGUACAUGAACAGCGUGUUGCGCGAAUGGCUGGACGAUUUUGUCACCGCAUACCUGGAUGACGUCCUGAUCUACUCGAGCGGUUCGAAGGCCGACCACGAGGCCAAGGUGCGACAAGUUCUCCAAGAAGUCAAGUAUUUGGGGAGCUUUCUGGGCUUUGCCAACUACUACCGGAUCUUCAUCCCCGACUACGCCAAGAUCACGCAGCCUCUAGAUGCCCUAUUGAAGAAAGGAACCACCUUUCGUUGGGGGCGGACGGAGAGCGAGGCGUUUCAGGAGUUGAAGCGACGAUUUUGCGAGUCGCCCGUGCUCAAGCAGUGGGACCCAAGUCUCCCGACCUUCUUGGAGACGGAUUGCUCAGGCUAUGCGUUGGGAGGCGUCUUGGCGCAGGAAGGCCCGGAUGGACGUCGACACGCAUGUGCCUUCUUUUCGAAGCGACUCUCACCAGCAGAAUAUAACUAUCCCAUUCAUGACAAGGAGAUGCUGGCUAUCAUGAGGUAUCUCGACAACUGGAGUGCCGAGCUCAGGAGCUGCGGCCCGUUCACCGUCCUCACAGACCACCGCAACCUGGAAUACUUCAUGACGCGCCAGAAGCUCACGGAACGACAGAGCCGUUGGGCUGCUGAAUUGUCGCAGUUCGACUUCAAACUCGAGUACCGACCGGAUGACAAGCCACAGGGCAUCGACGACGAACGAGAACAAGGGAGGAUGAUACAGUUGAUACCGGAUAGUGCAAUUCCAUCAUCGGGAAGAGCACGCAUCAACGCCAUGAGCCCCGACUGCUCGGAAACUUCUGUCCUCCCGGAGAUGAAGGUCUUCGAGGAAGCAGACAUGCAACAGCUCUGGGAUGAGACGGCCGAGAGGACUCGAUUUUUCGGGCUGCUUACAAGGCAAGACCGCAUCUGGUCGCACGAUUCCACUACGACUGGCCAUCCCGGCAGAGAAGGCACGCUGGCUAUUGUGGCACGUCGCUUCUACUGGCCCGGACAGUCCCAGCUUGUCCGCCGGUUCGUGGCCAAUUGCGAUAUCUGCGGCAGAGCGCACAUCUGGCGCCAGUCCAAGCGGGGAUUCCUGAAGCCGUUGCCGAUUCCAGAUCGACCGCGAAGCCAUCUGUCCAUGGACUUCAUCACAGACCUGCCGCCUACUGGACCCAGCAAGGCUCGGUACCUAUGGGUGAUUGUGGAUAGGCUGACCAAGGCGGUGACCCUUGAGGUGAUGGACACCAUGGAAGCUGAGGCGUGUGCAAAACGUUUUCUCCAGUGCCAUUACCGAUUUCACGGAAUGCCACGGUCAAUUGACGAUUGGGGUGACCUUCUCCCCGCCGCGCAACUGGCACUCAACAACCGUGAAUCAGCAGCGACCAAGAUCAGUCCCUUCUUCGUGGAGCAUGGUUACCACGUCGAUCCCAUAAGCGUCGAGGACUCGGAGGAUCCAUCUCGGGAGCGGGAGGAGAGUAAAGCAGACGCCUUACUCACUCGCCUGCAAGAAGUCAACGAGUACAUGCAAGCAGUGAUGGCUGCCGCGCAGCAACGACAAGAAGAGGCCGCGAAUGUGAAGCGACAACCAGCAGAGCGUUUUGAGGUGGAUGACGCACAACCACCAGCGAUACAAGACGAGACCGGCGAGGAUCUAUGGGAUGUCGACGAGAUUCUUUGCGCAAGAUGGAAGAAGCGCGGACGAGGGGAAUUCAGGCAAGCACUGGUGCGAUGGACGGGCUACUCAGAGCCGACUUGGCAGCCAGUUGAGUGGCUGAAAGGAACAAUUGCGAUGAAGGCAUUCGAGGACAAGAACUCGAGGAACCCGCCGACCACGGCCUGGUCGGAGGGGAAGGGGUAA